UGCGGAAGACUUCAUUCGCAGGAUAUGUUACUUCGUGUGGCACGUUUACGACGUGCGCGGCGUUGGCGAGACGCGGUGCACGCGAGGAGGCCGCAGGGAGGCUGGCUACUCCUCUGCAGCUCCUGGGGCAGAUAAGGGAGAUAUUGUCGGAGGAGGAGGAGCGUGAAGGAAAGAGGGGAGACGGGCCACAGCUCUGCGCUGCACACAGCUACAAUGGGAGAGGCGUGUUAGAGCGAGAGCAGUACAGCCGAGGGACUCGCUGCAGUGCAGGUGGAUCACAACCAGAGGCCGAGGCUCACAGGCAGCAGCGUGACUCCGACUGGCUUUCCAGCAGGCUGCUUUCUCACUGCCGUCUUGUCUUGUUGCCACUGUGCACUUGUGACAUCUUCUCCGAGCUGACAGUAUUAAGGAAGAGGACGUAGAUUGGGAUAAACUACCACGCGGGAGUCGUAGCGGCACCACGCAGCGAGCGACACAGGUGAAGCAGGCAUGAGCGCCGACGGCCACCGGGAGGUGGUGACCACCCCUCCCCCACCGAGCGGCGGGGCGAAGGAGCGCUACUUCGACCGCGUCAACGUCAACGAUCCAGAGUACGUCAGGGCCAGGAACAUGUCACCCGACCUCCGGCAGGACUUCAACGUCCUGGAGCAGAAGAAGCGCGUCACGCAGAUCCUGCAGAGCCCUGCCUUCAAGGAGGAGUUGGAGAGUCUCAUCACGGAGCAGCAGCGGAUAGGGAACAACACUACGGGCCUGCUGGCCCUCAGGCAGAUCGCUGACUUCUUCAUGUCGACCUCGGUGGGCGGCUUCAACACCUCCCCUCUCAGUCUGGGGAUGGUCACGCCCAUCAACGACUUGUACGGAGUAGAAUCAACCGCGAUGGUGAAAGGCGAGAAGCUGGCGCGCUGUAAGCUGGCCAGCACGUACAGACUGGUGGACCUGUUCAGCUGGGCCCACCUCUCCAACUCCUACAUCACCAGUCGAGUCAGCAAAGAGCAAGACCACAUCCUCAUCAUCCCCAGAGGACUGUCAUUCGCUGAGGCAUCCGCAUCAAAUCUGUUGAAGGUCAACAUCCUCGGCGAUGUGAUCGAGCAGGGCUCCACCAACCUGAGGAUCGACCCCGCGGGUUUCAGCCCCCACGCCGCCAUCUACUCCAUGCGUCCAGACAUCCGCUGCGUCCUGCACGCGCAAACUCCCGCCAUGGCUGCUGUGUCAUCCAUGAAGUGCGGCAUCCUGCCCAUUUCCCAGGAGGCAUUGAUCCUGGGGGAUAUCGCCUACUACAGCUACCAGGGCAGCCUGGACGACCAGGAGGACCGCAAAGAGCUGCAGAAGGCCCUGGGCCCCACGGCGAAGGUUUUGGUGCUGAGGAAUCACGGUGUAGUUGCUCUCGGGGAGAGCGUCGAGGAGGCCUUUACCUACAUGUACACCGCCCAAUAUGUCUGUGAGAUCCAGGUGAAGGCCAUGGCGUGUGCCGGCGGCGUGGACAACCUGAUAGUGCUGGACUCGGCCAAGUUGAAAUCACAAGUGCACACCGUUGCCAAGGACGGAUCUGUCAACAUGUGUGCCAGCCAGAAGUGGAAGUUUGGCGAGAUGGAGUUCGAGGCCCUGAUGAGGAUGCUGGAUAACCUGGGCUACAGGACGGGCUACACGUACAGGCACCCCAUCGUCCGGGAGAAGCCCAGGCACAAGAGCGACGUGGAGAUCCCCGCCACGGUCUCGGCCUUCAUGUUCGAGGAGGACGGGGACUGCAGCGCCACGCGGAUGCCCUUCAAGUUCCUGCAGCAGCGGCAGCAGAGGGAGAAGACGCGCUGGCUCAAUUCGCCCAACAGCUACACCAAGGUCAACGUGGAGGGCGGAGAGGAGCGCUACAACAGCCGGACGACCACGUGGAUGAAGGCGGAGGAGACGGGAACCCCGAUCCGGAUCGAGGACGCCAAUCAGUUCGUCCCCCUCAACACGGACCCCACUGAGGUGCUGCAGAAGAGGAACAAAAUCCGAGAACAGAACCGCUUCGACAUGAUGUCGUCGGGGCCGCGCUCUCAGCACCUCGCCGGAAUCCCCGUCGACGAACCGCGACGGGAUCUGGGGCAUACAAAAGUUCUGCCAUACGUGCCCACUGAGGAGGAGCAGAUGGCUCCCUUGCCUCCUAACCCCUUCAGUGAGCAGGCAGAGAGGGAGAUGCAGGAGUACUACACAAACGUGGAGAGGAGACAUCUAAGCCCCGGUGAUGGAGAGCACGAGCUAACCUCCGACGACGGCUCCACUCUCUCCCAGUCUGUGUCUCUCACCCAGUCGCUGCAGAGCACUCCGGCUAAAGAAGCCAACCACGCGGCCCUGAUGAACGGCAAAGACGGCCACGGCGCCGCGGACGAGGAGCUGUCCAGUCGCGUCAGCCGGCUGACCACCAGCGCGGAGAGCGUGGAGAUCACGGUGCGCUCCGGCGAGAAGAUCGAGGAGGCGCUGUCCCCCGAGAGCUCGCCCUCCAAGUCGCCCGGCACCAAGAAGAAGAAGAAGUUCCGCACGCCGUCCUUCCUGAAGAAGAACAAGAAGAAAGAGAAGACGGAGGCCUGAGAGCAGACAGGAAGGCCGUCUGCGCCGAGGAAGAGGGACGAGGGCCGGAAGCCCCGUCUUUGUGUUUCAUGUCUGUGUUUUUAUUUUGUCUCCGUCUGCGACGCCCUUUUAUGUGUUAUCCUUUUAUUCAAAUCUCUUAACAAAAGGUUUUAUGUGCAAAAGGCAGAAGAACGACUCAGAUUGAGAGAAAAAAAACGGUUAUCAAGCGUAGCAACAAAAAAGAAGAAGACGAGAAUGAAGUUUGGGGUUCGGCAUGUGGGUGCACAAAUUACAGCUGCAGCACAUCUGGGGGGUCUGGGGUGGGUGUUGCGUGUGUGCACACGUGAUCACCUGUGUGGUACUCUUAACAGGGCUCCUUGAUCCUGAAUAACUGGCCCCUCCUGUGUUUUUAGAACUGGAAACCACGCAGCAUAUUUCAUGCUUCAAAGUACAAUUGGAUCCAACGAUUACGUGGCAGCGCGAGUGUCGUUUAACUGCACAAAUAGAACCCCUUUGUUUUUUAGGUUUUGUUUUUACAUCUGGGCCACGUGACCGAGAGGCCACAUGACAUCUGAAGUCACACUGGAAAACUGGUUCCAGGAUGAAGAGCCAAGCGCUGGUGUUGAUUCAGAGGUUUUCUCUCUCACGGCCUUCUGAUGCAAAGCGUCUCGUUGGCUGAUUUUGGUUGAACUAGAAGAGCGGGUUGAAACUUGACUGGACAACAAUGUGAGGAUGAAGGCUGGCGGUUUAUCACGUUAACAUCAUUGCAAAGGCGCUGACUCGCUCAAUUUAUUUAUGUCGCAUUUUCACAUCUUCCACUCUUGAUCUCGACGUUGUUGCCAAACUAAAACCAAGAAGCAAUCUCAUUGCAGCAGAGCGUCCCUGCGUAGUUCGUCAUCUCAUGAAAUGUGAUCUUUUUUUUUAUUCAACACAAAUUUGGUAUUAAUCCACUCUGUUUUGUACUCGUUCGUAAGCUUUUGCAGAGAAUUGCAGCCGUCAAGCACGUUUUCUCUUUUUGCAAGAACUGAAUUUAUAUGCCUGACUUUGUUCUUUAGUGAUGCCUGAAUGCUGAAAUUAUAUUCUAACAUGCAGAGUACACAAAUUUACUUUAUAACACAGAUAUAUGAAAACUGGAAAUGUUGGCUAUAGAUUUUUAACUAAAUAUAUUUUUUAUUUUUUUGUGCUGCACUUUUCUUGUGGUAUAUAAAUCAUUUCAGUUGCAAGUGGUUUCACCACUGAAGGAGAUUGUGAAGUCAUUUGAUAAAAGUUGUGCAAGUAGCAAGCAAAGCAAUGGUGUCUGAGAAAGGUCAGGACCCCGAAAGUGAGUCGAAUGAAGCAGGAAAGAAUAGUCUUUCGUUGGUGUCGCACAUGAGAACUCUCCACUUCAACAAAACAGGAAGUGUAGUGUCGAAGUAGCAUGUCAAAAUGUCUGCGGGCGCCGGCUGAAAUGAGUCACGGGUUGCGGAGCGGUGACACAUUUCUAGUUUACCCUGUUUUGUUUUUUUAAAGCAAUAUUCAAAUGAUUUUUCUCCAUUAUUUUUGAUGAUGAGACAAAGGUUGCCAUUGGCGUCCGCCUGCUCGGGCUUCAAACACCCCAAAAAAAGAGCGCUGUUAUCUCCCCAGUGACUGCAUCGACACCCCUCAGGUUCCCGCAGACUUUGUUUCUGUUUCAGUUGCUGCAUCCACAGCGGCUUUAUUCGCCAUUCAUUUCCUCCUGGAAUAUUACAAGGAGGUCGUAUAUAUACAUCUUUUUUUUAUUAUUAUCAUUUGAUUGCUCUCGGAGCCCGGUUGUCGUUUCAGCUUCUCCAGUAAAAACAAUCGUGCUGUAACUGUCGGAUGACCCACAGUUGAACUCUCCAAAGUGUAACGUGUUUCCACUUAUCCUCCCCAUGGCAGUUUAACCAGAUGUACCAAUAUCCCAGCUAGCAAUGUGAAGUAUUGGAUUUGGGGGGAGGGUUAGGGAUACAUGUUUAGC